AUGGAGGUCCCUGCUGCUGCCCUUGCUUUCCUGCUCCUCACCGUGGCCCUCUCUUCUCAGCCCUGCUCCACCUCAUUUGGUGCCAACAUCCCGACCGCCUGCUGCUUCUCCUAUAGAUCCCGGCGGAUUCCGCUCAAAUUCAUAGUGGACUAUUAUAAGACCAGCAGCCUCUGCUCCAAGCCCAGUGUCAUCUUUCAGACCAAAAGAGGCCGGCAGGUGUGUGCCGACCCCAAGGAGUACUGGGUCCAGGGAUACAUCUCCCACCUGGAGCUGAAUGCCUGA